AUGGAUAAAUUAAAAUCAGUUUUGAGUGGCGAAGAAGCGCGCAGAGAUGACAGAACAGUAUUAGAGACUGUCAAUGAAGCCUCGACUUUAGGCUGGGGGACACGUGUGAAGGGAUUCAUCGCCUGCUUUGUGAUAGGGGGUGUAUGCUCUCUUUUGGGAGUGUGUAUGCUCUUCCUCCCCAAGAUUGGCAUCACUCUUUUCAUCGUCUUUUACACAUUUGGAAACAUCUGUACUCUUGGCAGCACCAUGUUUCUGCUGGGGCCGAUGAAGCAGCUGAAAAAGAUGUGUGACAAGACAAGAGCGCUGGCCACCACCAUUAUGAUUACAUGUCUUGUGUUGACUCUCUGCGCAGCCUUCUGGUGGAAGAACUUUGGACUUGCUUUAUUAUUUGUCAUCUUGCAAAUCUUGUCAUUUACCUGGUACAGCCUGUCAUACAUCCCGUUUGUGAGGGAUGCAAUACUGAAGAUGGUGUCUGUCUGCUGCAAAUGA